GACUUGUUCGUGCUUUGAUUGUACGUCGCUCUUUAAAACUUUGACCAUCGGUCAUACCCGAUUCCGUCGACUUUGUGCUAUCACUUGUCUAUUCAGUAGUAAUUUGAAUAAUUUUAUUUUGUUUGUAUUUUCUGUGUUUCGUUAUUCGUUGUAAACUGCCUACCUGCUAUUCAUCUGAUAUUAUUUGUUAUAAUUAAUUAAAAACAAUUACUUUUUUUUAUCUUUAUUUGUGUAUUUACUUUAGCAUAUAGGUUUGUAAUAAUGAUGAACAACGAAGAAAUCGUCGCUCUUCCAGAUCAUUUGGUGGACCAUGACUACUUUUUGCCAGUUGUGUAUGAAGAUGAUCAUAUACUGCAUGAAGAAGAAGAGGAACUAGAAGAUGAAGAAGAUGAAGAGAUUGUCGUUGUAGGAGUGUCUGAAACUUAUUCUAUAAUUCCUGGAGUUCAAAGCCGAUCAAGGAUUUAUGUGGACAAUUUAGGAUUUAAGUACUACAAACGUGAAGCUCGAGGAGGCCGCGUGUAUUUAGUAUGCGAACGGCAGAAGAAGCGGAACCAGUACUGUCAUUCCACUGCAACUGUAAGUACAGAUUUGAGGGAUAAUAGGAUUCAUCUACAGAACUACCACGAUCACCAACCUGCAGAGAUUGACCUGAAUGUGCCGUUUUUGAGAGAAGCCAUUGGUGAAAGAGGAAUUGAUCCAGCAGUUACAACUUCAUUUAUGAGAACAUUGUAUAAUAAUGAAAUUAUCAACCACCCAGAAGCAGCUCCCAACUACACAUUCCUUCAAGCUCAAGAACGAGUGAAAAAGAUGAGACGUAGAAGAUUCCCACUACAACCACUUGACAUAGGACAACUUGCUGUUGCGCUGAAUGAAGAACGUAAUGCCAUUUAUGCUUCUACAGUUCAAAAUCCCCCAUCUAGGUUCUUUCAACAAGCAUUAGUGGUCAAUGGAAGGAGUGUUGGACUGAUCUUUGCAAAUAUGGCUGCAAUUGAAAAAUACCGAGAAGACUUGGCCACGGUGACAUUGGUUGGGAUUGAUGGAACUUUCAAGACUGUGCCUCGUGUUCCAGCAGAUUUAAAAUGUUUCCUAACAGUCCAGGUGGUUUUCAGAAGUGUAUCGUUUCCAAUGGUCUAUGCUCUACUGGGGAGUAUGACUGAAGAAGUUUAUUCGGCUCUGUUUGAUAUUGUACGAAAUAUUUUACCAUUAAAUUAUGAACUUGUUUGUUUUAUUACAGAUUAUGAAAAAGCUUUGAUGUCAGCUGUUCAGCAAUCAUUUCCAGAAAGCCAAUUAAGAUGUUGUUGGUUCCAUUUUACUCAAUCAAUUGUACGUUAUUGUCACCGAAGGAUGAAUAGUGUUUUGGACUUGGUUCGUACAAACCCGGUAGCAGCUCGAGUUCUCAGAAUGGUUUUGGCAUUACCUCAUCUACCCGCUACUAGGAAUGACCCACGCUGUCCACAAUUUUCCAUGACUGAUGGUUUCAGGGCUAUCAUUCAUUACACUAGACAAUUUCCUGAGAUUGAACGAGGCAUGAGAAACUUUUUAAUUGGCUAUGUAGAAUCUUUUUGGUUGUUACAGGUCGGUCCAGAUUUAAUCAGUGUUUUUGGAGAAGAAUAUAGAACCAACAACUACUUGGAGUCUUUCCACGCUACACUUCUUGUUCAAAUGCAAAGACACCCUAAUGUUUGGAAUUUCCUUCAGAAACUGACUAUCAUUGAAAAUCAAUAUUUCAUUGAAUUUGAACAAGCCAGAAGAAACCUCAGGAUUAGAGAUGGUGCAUCAAGAAGGGAACGAGAGAACACCACAAAUAUCUUAGCUGGUCAUGUGGAGCAACUGAACCAAGAUGGGGACCUCAUAGGAUUUUUGAGAAGGGCUGGACAUCGCAAUGAUGGAUAUGUACAAGGCAUAAUCGGGCCAUAUCCACAGGUUUGAUAAGUUGUAUCUUUUACAAUCAGCCCGAGAUUCUAUGGUCAACUAUAAUUAAUUUCAUUGUUAAUUAUAUUUAUAAUAUAUUUUAAGUUUUUAUAAACGUUGAUCGUUCUAAAAUAUUAUAACACUUGUUUUAUUUUGUUUUAUCCAUUAAUCCUAACAAAUUGUUCUACGGUAAUUUUGUAUUUAUUAUUUUAAACAAAUAAUUAUUAAAUGUUCUAAUUAAAAUAUAAUGUUAAUUGUAUGUGGGCAACAAAACCCUAAAUAUAAGUUAAUUUAGUUUUGUAUUAAUUAUAAUAUAAAUAUUCAUAAUUUUAAUAGUUUUUGUAUAAAAAAUACAGUGAAACCUCCACUAACGGACACCUCCCAAUAGCGGACGUUUUUUGGGGAACGGAUGAAUAAAUUUCAAAUAUGUAACCCCUCUGAAUAACGGACAAAAUUUUGGUGACCGAGAGUGUCUGCUAUUCGGAGGUUUCACUAUAUAAUUAAUGUUUUGAUUCAAUAACUACUAUUAUGUUAAGCUUGUUUUUUUCUCUACUAGUAAUUUAUAUUAUAAUAGCUAUAUUGUUCUAUUAUUAUGUAACAUUUCAAUUUUAAAUUUAUUAUAUGUAUACUAUCAACGUUGUUCUAUUACCAUUACUUACUGUUAUUUUUCAUAUAGAUUUUAUUUGACUACUUUCCUAACUUUCUUUUUAGCACAAGCUUUGCUUUUGAAAAGAGAACCAAAAGUUUUAACCUUUAUAUUGUACAUAUUUAUAUUAUUUAUUAUUUUAUAAAACUUGCAGGGUAUUAUAUAAUUUAAAAUAAAAAUUUUCAUUUAAUGUAAUUCAAACGAAUAAUGUAAAACAACUCGUAAGAGAGACAUUACCAAUUUAAUUAAAACCAAGUGGAUAAUUCAAUUUUUUUAUUUUUUACAUUCUUUAAUCAAAUUUUUUUUUUUCUUAGAAAAA